GUCUCUGUUGCUUUCUAUUUUUUCUUAUCUUGCUCAGUGUAGACUUCCAAUAAUCAUAAUAGACUGGUCUAACCCCCGUAUAAUAUUCCAACAAAAUAAUGCAGGAGUGCAGAGAAAAGAAUAGUUCGGGGGAGUACCAAUUCAGCAGAGCAGGCCGCCUCCGUCCUGUCGUGAGCACUGCCGCCCCAGAAGGACUUCGAAAGAUUAUCCUUAGCAAAACUCAGGAUGGCGAAGUUGCUCUCGCGAAAGCUGCCGUCGAGUUUCAACUGCAGUCCUGGGAGAAGACCUUGAAUGAAGUUCGGGCCGCGGACGCUGGCCUUGGUGCUCCAUUCGGAGUCAAUCUCGAUGCUCUCAAGUUCUCUGGCGAACUCGGAGACAACCCUUCGAAGGAUAUUGAGAUCAUAUCGGAGACUAUGAAGGCCGCGUCUAUGACCAUGCCGCAGACGAAGGAUAUCUGGUCCUGGGAGACGUUGCCGUAUGUUGUGAGAUGUGCUGGGUUGGCUGGCGUGAAGGAGGAUCAGAAAAGGCCACAGAAGAAGUCGAGAAGUGAGAACGAUGAGAGAGUGGUUCCUGACGUUGAUGAAUGGAUUCUGCGGAACGAGAUGUAUCUUCGUCUCCUAAGUCGAAAAGCCAGUGUCGGAACCCCUACAAAAUCAUGGACAUUCGGGCUGACUUCCAUCAAAGACUUACCUACUGUCAUCCCUGGGGCUUUCCCGAUCACCGCACCUAAAAAGACCUCUCCGCCAUGCGCCCUCAAGAUUCCUCGUGUCCUCUCUUCGUCUCCGCCCGGCUACUCCAUACUAGACAACAAGCGCGCUUCCGCCGUAUUUCUUCAACCCUCCAUCGACGCGUUUAAAUCGCGAUGGGACGCCAUGACCGAGUCUCUGCUCUCUGGUCUGAAUUGGGAAAACGUCUUCGUCGCCGGCGGACUAGUCUUAGGCGCACUCCUCACUCCCGAAGUCCCCUCUUCUCACCCUGACUACAAGCUUGUCAACAAAUCCGACGAAUGGAAAUCUUCUGACAUCGACCUCUACAUAUAUGGUCUCAGUCCCGAGGACGCCAACGCCAAAAUCAAGCACAUCGCCGAGACGUAUAAGGCGAACCUUCCCAAGGGCGCACCCUCCCAAGGGCGCACCCUCCCAAGGGCGCACCCUCCCAAGGGCGCACCCUUCCUCGUUGUGCGCAACUCUCAGACGAUUACGUUGUAUUCGGAGUGGCCUCGUCGUCGCGUGCAGAUUGUGCUGAAGCUGAUUGGGUCGCCGAGGGAGGUGUUGUUGAACUUUGAUUUGGAUAUUUGUGCUGCUGGUUACGAUGGCAAAGAGGCGUGGUUGCUGCCGCGCUGUGUGCGUGCGUUAGAGACUGGGACUAACAUCUUCACGAUGGACCUCAUCAACGGUCACUACUUGGGUGAACGCAAGGCCAGCCGUGAUAAGAGAGUAUUCAAAUACGCAGACAAAGGAUUUGGACUACGCAUCCUUCCCUCCUAUAUGGCUUCUCUCUCGACUUACAACGCCCGCGAACAACUCGACAAAAUCGCUCGUGGAGAAGUUCUUCCUGAUGGGUUGGCCCUGCCCGUCAUCGCUGAACGCUCUCGUCAAUGGACUCAAAAAGUCGUCAACGACUACGGCCGCCUUCGCGAAAAGAACUCGCCGUUCCACUGGCCUCGCCCGUACCCUGUCGUCCAGAGCGACAAGCCUGUCUUGUCUCACGCUAUGCUGGAGAGUUACUGCCAGGUCUCAGCAGAGCCAUUGGGACGGAGCUGUUUGACAGGUUUCGAAUUGUUGAUGCGGCAUGUGGCACUUUGGGAGCAGGAGGUGGCGGGGAAGAUCGAGAUAUUCCAGGACUUGUUUGCGAGUGAUACCUAUGGCGAAGGCCUUCAAAACGUCGCGUAUGACGAUUCUCCCUCGUAUCCAUGGGAUAAUUCAUUUGCCAUUGAUGGUUUCAAGAACGCUCUCGAUAGAUUCAACGAGAAAGAGAACGAACCUGUCAAGUCUGUGUGCGAAUCAUCUUUGAAGGCUGCUCGUAUCACGUACGCUGAGAACAUCGAACAAGCUUUGUCCGCGGAAAAGGACAUCAUCAUCCCGCUGUGGGUUCCUGAGGAGUUUUCUCAAUUCGCCAACGACAUAAUACUCAAAGGCCUGACGGAGCAUGAUCAACCCUUACAUGCACCUCCUCUCAAAGUCGAGGUCACUGGUGCAGACACCGAUGUGAACGAUGCGGACCUUACUCGUUGGACGCUGGAUAUGGUUCUCAACUGGCAGAUGCUUGACCGCCGUAUUGAUGAAGUUCGCGAAAUGCUCUGGGCUUUCCAUCGUGCAAAUGAGAGGCCUGACACCUGCCCUCGAGAUUAUAGGUUUGAGUUCCUGAUGACCAGUAUCUCCAAGCGCGCGGUCAGGACGACAGUCGAGGAUGAGAUGGAAGCUUUCGUUCGCUGGGUCGGUAGAGAGCCAUAUCUCCUCAAUACCAAGCUCCCUGCCAUAUUCCAACUCUUGGAGGAUCGCGGUAAAAAUACUCCCAGUGGACUCUAUCCCGGUGAUCGUGAGGAGGCCGAUGACGACGACGAUGACGGAGAGUUGAACCUCUUCGAGAGCGAUUAGGAGGAAGAGAUACAUGGAGGGGAUGAGGGGAACGACUCGGAUGAUGACGACGACUAGGGCUGGGGUUCACCAUCUUGAUAGCUUGCAUUAUGAUAUCUUGGAGCUUGUCUAUCUAUCCAAAUUUAG